AUCAAUCAUCAUCAUAUACACACUCUAUCUCCACAACAACCCACCCCUCCUAAUAACAACAACAACAAUGUCUCACUCCACCCAGAACGAAGUCCUCGACGUCGCCAUCGUCGGCGGCGGAAUCGUCGGCGCCGCGCUGGCCAUCGGCCUCCUGGCCCGCGACAUCAACGUCACCAUCUACGAGCGCAGCAACGCCUUCAGUGAGGUGGGUGCGGGCAUCGGCUUCACCCCCAAUGCCGAGUCGGCCAUGAAGGUGCUCGACCCGGCCAUCCACGCCGCCUUCAAGAAGGUCGCCGUCCAGAACACCACCGACUGGUUCACCUGGUCCAACUCGGGCAACCGCGAGGAGGGCGACUUGGACGAGCCCAUCUACAAGAUGUACGUGGGCGAGCGCGGCUUCGAAGGGUGCCACCGCGCCGAGUUCCUCAACGAGAUGCUCAACCUCAUCCCCGAGAACCGGGUCAAGUUCCGGAAGAGCCUGGUCGCGGUGGAGGACCGCGGGGACGACAAGAAGCUGCUGAUGCGGUUUCAGGAUGGGACUACUGCGCAGGCGGAUCUUGUCGUCGGUUGCGAUGGAAUCCACUCCAAGGUCCGCCGCCUCGUGCUGGGCGACAACCACCCGGCCGCGCACGCCGGCUACACGCACAAGUACGCCUUCCGGGGUCUGGUGCCGAUGGAGAAGGCGCUGCCGCUGCUGGGCCACGAGCGCGCCUACAACCGCCACAUGUACAUGGGGCCGGGGGCGCACAUGCUGACCUUCCCCGUGGCCAGCGGGCUGCUACUGAACGUGGUGGCGUUCGUGCACGACGAGGGGGAGUGGACGGAGGAGAAGCUGACGGCGAUGGCGACGAAGCAGGACGCCGUGAAGGCGUUCGAGCACUUCACCCCGUUCACGCGGGGGAUCAUCGACCUGCUGCCGGAGACGCUGCACCGCUGGGCCAUCUUCGACAUGGCGGCCAACCCGGCGCCGACCUAUGUGAACGGGCGGGUGUGCCUGGCGGGCGACGCCGCCCACGCGUCGGCGCCGCACCACGGGGCCGGGGCGGGCAUGGGCAUCGAGGACGCCGCCGCCCUGGUCGAACUACUGCAGGCGGUGCACUCGCAGGCGGCCCGCGCGGCCUGCCCGCACAGCCUACCGGAGCUGCUCAGCGCCGCCCUGGCCACCUACGACCACAUCCGCCUCGAGCGCACCCAGUGGCUCAUGCAGAGCUCCCGCUUCGUCGGCGAGAUCUACAACAUCGACGAGAUGAUCCGCCAGACCCGCCAGGACUUCACCCGCCGCCUCUGGGCCCUGCACGCCCCCGUCUCCGACAACAACGCCCAGAUCAAGUUCCAGACGGGCUUCCUGCAACAGACCCCCCUGGUCGACCGCAUGCUGUGUACCACCUUGACGGUGUGA